AUGGCGGCAACGUCAUUACGAGGCUCCGAGGAGCUCUCCCUCCUCAAGACACAGCUCUACACGGCCUGCGAGGAGGCCUUCGGCGCCGACUAUGACAAGCCCAUGACCCAGGACGACCUCUUUGGUCUCGAGGUCGUCCCGCCAAAGGACAUCAAGAAGCUCAUGGAGGUAAUCACGGCCCUCACCCACGAGCGUCUCCUCGUCCCGGUCAACCUCCACAGCGGCCUCGCGUGGAAGCUCCGCGCAGAGGCAGAAGCGGCAAAGUACAAACUCCUCACGAGCCAGGAACAGAGCCUGGUGUACGAGCUCAUCGACAAUGCCGGCGCGGACGGCGCAUGGCAGCAGGACAUGAAGAAGAAGCUCAACAUCCAGGAGAACACGCUGAAAAAGGUGCUCAAGGAGCUCGAGUCGCGCCGGCUCAUCCGGCAGGUCACCGACGUCGCCAACAUCUCGAAGAAGAUAUGGAUCAAGUACAACCUGAAGCAGUCUGCCAAGUCCACCGGCGGGCCCUUCUACACGGACUCGACGCUCGACGAGGGGUUCAUAGAAGCGCUGAUGGGCCUCAUCAUGGAACUCGCGCGACAAAAGGGCAGCUACCUGAGCAGCGGUUCUGGGGGCGCGGACCGGCGGCGCAGCACGAGCCCCGUGCUGCCAAAAAAGGGCGUGAUCAACGGGCACAUGUCCGAGGCCGCGCUGCGCAGCAAGAAGCGCAGCGCCGACGCCAUCACAAAGGACGAGCCCGGCACCACCACCACCAACGGCGCUACCAACAACAUCUCCAGCGCGCCGCUGGUCAUGAAACCCCGCAAGUCUACCGUCCGCCUGCCCUUGCCGGCCGGAUACAUCGACUACAUCACGGCCGAGGAGAUCUGCGACGAGGCCAACCACAUCGCCAAGGGCCAGCCCCUGGAGCCCAAGGACAUCCAGCAGCUGCUCGACGUGCUCAUGUGGGACGGGCGCAUCGAGCAGGUCAAGAUCGGCGAUAGGAUCGGCUACCGCGCUGUCCGCGUGGCCAAGCAGAACCCAGACCGCGUGCCUCUCGACGCGCCGGACUUCUGGGAGAAGCAGACCAACGGGCUCACCACGGCGCCUUGCGGGCGGUGCCCCGUGUUCGAGCUGUGCGAGGAGGGCGGGCCGGUGUGGGCAGGCGGUUGCGAGUAUUUCGAUCAAUGGCUGGCGUGA